CCUACAUACCAUGGGGGAGGAUCCCCGCAAUCCCGCCCCCACUAGGGACUCAACCCUCACAUUCCGCGAAGUCACCGAGGAUAACUGGCGUGCGGUAGCAAACUUGAGUCCCAAGGACGGCCAGGCAGGGAACCUCGCCGCCAACGUAUGGUCUCUCUGCGAAGCCCACUACUCCGAAGACGCCUGGGUACGUGCCAUUUACGCCGACGAGACGCUUGUCGGCAUGUUGAUGAUGGCGAUAUGGGAUCCUGACGAGGCGUACUACAUCUGGCGACUCAUGAUUGACGGCCGGUAUCAGAAUCUCGGGUACGGUCGACGGGCCGUGGAAUUUGCGAUUGCACAUAUAAGACAGCAUAACCCUCGAGCAAAACAGUUGGGGGUGAUGUCAACGCCGCCGGAGGGAAAGAAAAGCGAUAAUCCUCUCAAGAACGUCCAACCUGAGGAUUCGCCGUAUAAAUUCUACCAGAAACUUGGAUUCAAGCAGACUGCACCACCAGACGAAGAUGGGGAGAUUAUGAUGUCGAUAGAGUUGUAGAUGGCUCAUACGCGAAAGUCAUCAUUGCUCCUGUGGUCAUAUUCCAUAUCGGUUUCUAGAGCCACGUGCCAUUGUUCAUCGAUAUGAAGUCCCUGCAACUGGCAUUUGGCGUGUCUUCACCAGCACCCACCGCGAACUCAGUCAAGGAUUGGUUGAUCCACUGUGGUAGAUUCGCCCAUCUUAGGGUUUUCGGGGUCAGGCAGGUUGCUGUCUGCAUUUAUAUACAGACAAUAUAGAAAGCCGUUGGCAGAGCUCAUGGUAACAAUUAAUAUAUGUGGCAAUAGACCUAUAUUUGUGACUUUGUUUUAGAUGAACAGUCGGGCGUCAGGUGGACUAGGGCAGUGAAUGGAUAGCCCCAGGCACCUUCCACUUCACAUGACCUACCGUUUGCAUUCGGUUUCGUCUUCGACUUGUCUUAUCUUCCUAUGAUGUUCCUUCCAUUAGAAUCUCUCCUGUUUUUAUCUCCCACAAACUAUGCCACGAUCUUGCUGUCGUAAUGCUAAGCAGCUGUAGCUACGUGGUCUAAUUACCACAACCUCCAUUUUGAGGCCUCAUCCAGUGUGCGAAGGCUAUCACUCUGAUGGCAAAGCCUAGACUCAUCACCUUGAGCACUUUGCUCUGGGGCUAAUCG